AUGUGUACCAUUGCCACGCCCAUCUGUCAUCUGACCCUUGACACUUUGCAGGUGUGGGGAUUGUUGCGUCUGCUCAGCGCACUCACAAAGUACUCCCACUGUGCUGGCCAAGUACUUGAUCGGCCCUCAGGUUUUCCGCCCUUCUCCGGGAAAAUGGCAGCUUCUUCCGCACUGCACAGGGCACCACCUCACCACUGCCAGAGUCCCUCUGCUUCCCGGUGGGUUCUCGGGAUUCUCCUGCCGACCCUGGUGUUCCUGCCAUCUACGUCCUCUAACACCUGUGGUGAGCCACCAAGAUUUCAAAGUAUGAGGCCCACGGGUAGCAUUAAAUCCUCCUAUAAUGUGGGGGAGCGAGUGGAAUAUGAGUGUAGGCUAGGAUACAGUCACCGGCCGUCUAUGUCCAAAUUUAUUACUUGUCAAGACAAUCAACAAUGGUCACAGAUCUCAAAUGAUACUUGCUACAAAAAAUCAUGUCCACGUCAAGCUGAACCCACAAACAGUCAAGUUAACCUCGUAAAUGGAAGCUAUGAAUACGGGAACCAGAUUGAAUUUGUUUGUAAUGAGGGCUAUUACUUAAUUGGUGAACGUAUUCUGUAUUGCGAACUCGGUGAAUCAGGUGUGCAAUGGAGUGGCAGUCCUCCACGAUGUGAAAGGAUUAUGUGUGCACCACCUCCAGCCAUACCAAAUGGAGCACACUCCGGAGUUGGCACUGAUGCAUUUGAAUAUCAAGCAGCGGUAACUUACACGUGCAAUCGGGCGUCUGGACCAGAUGAAUUUUCACUUAUUGGAGAGAGUCAGCUGUAUUGUGUUGGGCAUGGAAAAUGGAGUGGUGACCCUCCUCAGUGUAAAGUGGUCAAAUGCCCAUACCCGGCAGUCACAAAUGGAAGGCAAGUGUCAGGAUUUGGGACAAUAUUUUACUAUAACGCUAAGGUUACGUUUGAGUGCAAUCAGGGAUUUUACCUUCACGGCAGCGAAUUAAUUACCUGUAAUGAUAAUAGUACUUGGCAACCCCCUAUUCCAUCAUGUCUUCAAGGACAACCGCCUUCCACUGAAAAAUCCCGAGUUUUGUGUCCUUCACUGUCCAGUCCUCAUACUUCGAAACCUUCAAGCUCCAUGCCUCCAAGUUCGAUUCCUUCUGGGUCGAUUCCUUCUGGGUCGGUUCCUAUCAAAACUAAAUCUCGAAUAUCGAGUGUCUUACAGUAUACCUGUCCCCAUGACAGACCACUUGACCUCAGGGAUAUACUUGAAUGGAUCCUUGCUUUCAUUAUUGCUGUGCUGGAAUUGUAA